CCAAGCUCUCCCCUGUCUCUACUAGUCUGUAGCAAUUCUUUAUGUGCUGCUGCUUCAGUUCCCGUUCUUGGCAUCUUGUCCCGCAAAGGGGCAGGUCUGGGUUAUGGGGUCAUUAGUUAACAUCUCAUUUUGGUGCAUGCAAAUGUGGGCAGAAAGCAACAUAGGGAGGCCCAUAUCUUUAUGGAAUUGGGGCCAGCUUUGCUGAUUAGAAAAGCUCUGCCUGUCCUCUUGAUCCCUCCAUCUUUGCCUCUCUUCUCUGAAUUUGUGUGUUUUGUGUUUUAGAGAGAGAGAGAGAGAAUAAAAGUGGGCAUGAGGAGAUGGCCACUGGCCAUGAUUUCACCUCAGCAUCAGGUCAGGGUCACUCAGGCCCCUCUUCUAUUCUCUCACAUAGUCCCCAUGCUCUCUGCCUAGUCUCUGCCCUGAACAUUUCCCAAUAGAUUCCAUCCCCUCUCUAUCAUCCUUGGUAUCCUCCACCUUUUCUCUUCUUAAUUGCAAAGGUUUCUGCAGGGAUAACAUUUGCUAGGUGAGUCCUAUAGAAUCCUGCCCUCCUUUCCAUGUUGCUUUUCCUCCCUUCCCCUCCUAUUUAAGUUCUUCAAUUCCAUGUCAACAAUGGAGAGAAUAGCAGUAGUAACCAGUAACUGGUCAUGCCAAUAGACUGUGCUGCCUCUGAAUCUUUUGUCUCCUGAAAGAGGACUAGCUAGCUAGUUGCUGUGGUUUGUGAGAGGUGGGAUUCAGAAGAAGUGGAGGCAGAGAUGGAAGGUGACAGCUUCUCCGGGAUGGCGAACGGCGGCGGCGGCGGCGGGCAGGUGGACGGCAAGCUGGUCCAGACGUUCCACAAGAGCUUCGUGCAGGUGCAGAACAUCCUGGACCAGAACCGGCUGCUCAUCAACGAGAUCAACCAGAACCACGAGUCCCGGGCGCCCGACAACCUCACCCGCAACGUCGGCCUCAUCCGGGAGCUCAACAACAACAUCCGCCGCGUCGUCGGCCUCUACGCCGACCUCUCCGCCUCCUUCGCCCGCACCAUGGACGCCUCCUCGGAGGGCGACUCGUCGGGCACGCUCCGCUCCUCCGACGGCCGGGCCGGACAGAAGCGCGUCCGGCCCGGCUAGUCUGGUACUCCAAGAAAGAUCUUUCUUGGCACGCGCAAGCUCAGCUAGGAUGGAGGACUUCUCUAGUGUUUUGUGUAGCAGUCAGGGGAAGCUACUAGGCUUGCCUUCUCUUGCACUUCUUCUUUGUCCUUGCUGCAAAUGCUUCUGCAUGAGCGAUUAGGGGAGAAACAGAAAUUUUUAUGUAGAAGUUGCUAUGACGAUGAGAAAGAAAAAAAAAGCGGCACUGUAGUAUGUUCUUGACAAAAUGUUCAUGCUUGUCAGCCUUGUUACUAUUAGCAUUGGAAAAUUAUUUCCAGGCUAGUUUCGAGUCCCAGGACAUGGGAGAGCUGAGCAUAUGCAUUGCAGUUCCAUGUCACUGUAGGUGGGUCAGGUAGGCAGUUAAUGCUUCUCAGGACAGAUCUUGAGGCAUCUUUGUUACCAUCUCUGACAUUGCCACCAUUAUUUUCAUUCCUCUUUACCCAGGUUCUGAA